AUGGCAGGCAGACUCCUGGACCCGAGCUCUGCGCUCGCGCGCGAGACUACACUCGUCGCCCCCUAUCACGACGGUGGAUCAGACUACCUCUCUGCCGGCGCCAUGAGCCCCAAGACGGCACUGAGCACGGCGCGCGGCCGCGACAGGGGCCCGCGCAAGCUCAUCCUCUGCUUCGACGGCACGGGCAACAAGUUUCACGGCGACGAGAGCGACAGCAACAUCCUCAAGAUCUUUCGCAUGCUCGACCGCACCGCCGGAGACCAGUACCACUACUACCAGCCUGGUAUCGGCACUUAUGUCGUGUCCGACUCGCUCUCGCACUCGGGCCUGCGCGCCCGCGUCAAGUCCUGGUACCAAAAGGCCAAGGACUCGGCCGUCGGGUCGUCUUUCGACCAGCACGUCGUCGGUGGGUACCGCUUCCUCAUGCGCUUCUACAACCCGGGCGACGAGAUCUACAUGUUUGGCUUCAGCCGCGGCGCCUACAUCGCGCGCUUCCUCGCCGAGAUGCUCGAUCACAUCGGCCUGCUGUCGCACGGCAACGAGGAGAUGGUCAAAUUUGCGUGGAAAGCCUUUGCGCAGUGGCAGGCCCGGCGGCCCUCGUCGGGGCCCGAGCACGACUCGUCAGAAGAGGAGCAGGAGGAGCGCGAGGAGACCGAGGCGGACAGGCAGGCCCACAAGAUGCACGAGUUCAUGAAGGGCUUCCGCGAGACGUUUUCGCGGCCCGUGGGCAGGAUCCGCUUCCUGGGUCUCUUCGACACGGUCAACUCGGUGCCGCAGUUUGAGAAUGCGUGGAUGCAACGGAGCAAGUUUCCAUACACAGCCCGCAGCAGCGCCAAGGUGAUCCGUCACGCCGUGAGCAUCGACGAGCGACGGGCCAAGUUCCGCCAGGACCUCAUGUACCAGAAGCAUCCGAGCUCCAAGAAGCCCCGUCACCAUCACCAUCACCUUCACAUGGACCAGUUCCUGGAUCCGUUUCGAAGGAGCAUGGAUGCGCAUCGACCAGGGUCGUCUCAUAGGCCGCAGACGGCCUCGACGGCUGCAAAGUCGGGUGCCGAGCCGGCGACGACAGAGAAGCCCGACGCGGGGCGCGAGAGACAAGCAAGCACAGCGUUCCUCACGCCCAACCAAGACGCUGAGCGCCGCAACGUGCGACAGAGGAGGCAGUCGAUGGUGCAAGCCCGCUACGCGCCAUAUCGGCCCCGAUCGCGGUCCCGCCAGCGGGGGCCUGACGCCGACGCCCAGUCGUGCGCAUCCGGCGCGCCUUCCGAGGAUGAGUGCGAGGAAGACGAGCAGAGCAAGGACAUUGACGAGGUGUGGUUUGCAGGCGGCCAUGGCGACAUUGGUGGCGGCUGGGAGGCCCUCGACGAGCGCAAGAGCGCCAGCCACGUGCCUCUGGCGUGGAUGGUGCGAGAGGCCAUGAAGGCCGGGCUGCCGUUUGACAUGGAAAAGGUAGCCGAGAUGGGAUGCAUGUGCGACAGCUUCGUCAACCACUACGGGCCGCAGGCUGGGAAGCGGACUCGCGUGAAGAAUCCGGACAUUCGCGUCCAGGACGAGACCAACGGCGUCAAAGACGGAAUGCCAGCGAGCCCAGACAUCACCAACGGCAAGGACCGCGCGCCGGAUGAGCCAGACGAGACGAUGCCGCGGUCGACGUUCCACGAGCUGAUGCACAAGGCGCACACGUCGCGCAUCCACGACUCGCUCGUCUACGGCGACGGGCUAGGCACCAUCGCGGUGACGGCCUGGAACUUUAUGGAGUGGCUGCCGUUCCGGCGCAUGGACCUGCAGGGCGACGGCUCGUGGAAGCCGAUCCGCUGGCCGCUGCCGCGCGGCGAGGUGCGCGACAUUCCGUCCAACGUGCGCGUCCACGGGAGCGUCAUUCGUAGGCUGAAAGAGGACGAGACCUACCGGCCGGGGAACCUCAUCAUCGGCGGCGGUGGGAGGGGCGUGAGGCGCGCGCCGCGUGAGUUGGGCAUCGGCGAGUGGAAGUGUGUUGCCGAGCACGGAGACCCGAUUGGCGAGAUUUGGAUGAGGAAGCACAAGCACGAGAAGGGAACCAAUGGCCACUGA